AUGUCAUCGAGACACAAGCUUGAUAUAGAAGAUGGAGAUAAGAAGCGAGAACGGGAUCGACGGAAGAGUCGCUCGAAAUCACGCUCACCACGAAGAAAUCGGAGCAGAAGUAAAGAGCGAGGGUGGGAACGAAGUCGAUCACCUGCUGAGAAACUUCGUCGCCCAACAAUAGAAAUUAAUCCUUUCAAUGGUCAAUCUUACACACAACGAUAUUUUGAAAUAUUCAAGAAACGAACGACACUUCCAGUUUGGGAGUAUAAGGACAAAUUUCUAGAGGUCCUUGACAAAAAUCAGUGUCUUACCUUAGUGGGUGAAACCGGAUCGGGAAAAACGACUCAGAUACCACAAUGGUGCUUGGAAUAUUGUAAGGCGCGUACAACUCCAGGACACCGUCGACUGGUUGCUUGCACGCAGCCUCGUAGAGUAGCAGCUAUGAGUGUAGCGACACGUGUUGCUGAAGAAAUGGAUGUACAACUAGGUGCUGAAGUAGGAUAUUCAAUACGUUUCGAAGACUGCGUCAGCGAGCGGACAAUACUGAAAUAUUGUACCGAUGGCAUGCUUCUGCGGGAAGCCAUGAAUAGUCCAUUGCUGGACAGCUAUGGCGUUAUAAUAUUGGACGAGGCCCAUGAGCGUACUUUAGCAACUGAUAUUCUUAUGGGCUUGAUUAAGGAAAUUGUUCGACAGCGGAAGGAUAUUAAAAUAGUCGUGAUGAGCGCAACAUUAGAUUCAGGGAAAUUCCAAAAUUAUUUUGAGAAUUGCCCAUUGAUGUCAGUUCCAGGGCGCACAUAUCCAGUCGAAAUAUUUUAUACGCCGGAACCAGAAAAAGAUUAUCUUGAAGCUGCAAUCAGAACAGUUGUCCAGAUUCACGUAUGUGAGGAAGUUGAGGGAGAUGUAUUGCUGUUCUUAACAGGACAAGAGGAAAUAGAAGAAGCUUGCAAGCGAAUCAAACGUGAAAUUGAUAAUUUGGGACCCGAAAUUGGUGAAUUAAAAUGCAUACCGCUUUAUUCAACGUUACCGCCUAACUUACAGCAAAGAAUUUUCGAGCCUCCACCACCAAAACGACCUAAUGGAGCUAUUGGUCGCAAAUGUGUCGUCUCAACGAAUAUUGCCGAGACGUCACUUACAAUUGAUGGCGUUGUUUUCGUGAUUGACCCAGGAUUUUCGAAGCAGAAGGUAUAUAAUCCGAGAAUUCGUGUUGAAUCGUUGCUUGUGUGUCCGAUAUCAAAAGCUUCCGCUAUGCAACGUGCUGGCCGUGCAGGACGUACAAAACCUGGCAAAUGUUUUCGAUUGUAUACAGAAAAAGCAUAUAAAAACGAGAUGACUGAUCAAACGUAUCCCGAGAUUCUGAGAUCAAAUUUGGGCACGGUGGUAUUGCAGCUGAAGAAAUUGGGAGUCGAAGAUCUUGUUCAUUUCGAUUUCAUGGAUCCUCCAGCUCCGGAAACCCUAAUGCGUGCACUAGAAAUGCUGAAUUAUUUAGCUGCUAUUGAUGACAACGGCGAAUUGACACAGUUGGGUUCUUUGAUGGCAGAAUUCCCGCUCGACCCUCAACUAGCUAAAAUGGUUAUCGCAUCGACAGAAUUGAAUUGUUCAAACGAAAUAUUGAGCGUUACUGCUAUGUUAUCAGUGCCUCAAUGUUUUGUGCGACCAACAGAAGCUAAAAAAGCAGCAGAUGAUGCAAAGGCACGCUUUGCUCAUAUUGAUGGCGACCAUUUGACUUUAUUGAAUGUUUACCACGCCUUUAAGCAAAAUCGCGAAGAUGUUCAGUGGUGCUAUGAUAACUUUAUUAAUUAUCGUGCUUUGAAAAAUGCGGACAACGUGAGGACACAGCUUGCGCGUAUCAUGGAUAAAUUCAGUUUAAAGCGAAUUUCAACUGAUUUCAAAAGCAAAGAUUAUUACAUCAAUAUCCGAAAAGCUCUUGUUGCCGGAUUUUUUAUGCAGGUUGCACAUCUGGAGCGAAGCGGUCAUUAUAUAACUGUGAAGGACAACCAGUUGGUUCAGUUGCAUCCAUCUACAGUACUGGACCAUAAACCAGAAUGGGCGCUAUACAAUGAGUUUGUGUUAACAACAAAAAAUUUUAUACGAACCGUGACUGACGUUAAACCGGAAUGGCUUGUUCAAAUGGCUCCUCAGUAUUACGAUAUGGCAACAUUUCCAGAAUGCGAUGCCAAAAAGAAGCUACAGCAUACCAUCUCCACUCUUCAGUCUUUGAGAGCCACACGUGGUAUUUAA